CCCCGGUCGUGACAUCCAGCCGGAAGUGGAGGUCGGGAGACGGGAAGGCACGGGGGACUCCGUUUCCCAGAAUCCCUCGCGAACGCCGACUUGACAAGCAGCCAAUCGGCGCCAUGACAGGCCGGCACAUGACGUCGCCCGACUCAACUAAGUUCCUGGCGGCGGACGGGUCGACGUUUCCCCGCGGGAGAAUCGCGCUUUGCGGCCUGCGGAAAAGGGAGUGAUGGCUUCACCGGUCUCCGUGUACAACUCCAAUGUCUUGGACGCGCACAUCUCCAGCACCUCCAGAGAGUCUCUGAAGAUGGAGCUGUUGGCCGACGUCGGCCUGCUGCCCGGGGAGGAGAGAAUUAUAGACAAGGACAUCAUCUACAUCUGCCCGUUCAGCGGCGCCGUCAAAGGCAAAGUGCUGAUCACCAACUACAGACUCCACUUCAAGAGCUCCGAUGCGGAUGUGGCCGUGACACUGGACGUUCCUCUCGGCACCAUCAGUCGUGUGGAGAAGAUGGGCGGGGCGUCGAGUCGGGGAGAAAACUCGUACGGCCUGGACAUCACCUGCAAGGACAUGAGAAACUUGAGGUUCGCCCUGAAGCAGGAAGGCCACAGCCGACGAGACAUCUUCGAGCUGCUCUUCAAAUACGCCUUCCCCGUCUCGCACGGCCUGCCGCUGUUCGCGUACGUGACUCAGGAGAAGUACGAGGAGAACGGAUGGAGCGUCUACAGGCCCGUGGAAGAGCUCAGACGGCAGGGCUUGCCCAACAACAAGUGGCGCAUCACUUUCAUCAACGAGAACUACGAGCUGUGCGACACGUACCCCGCCGUGCUGGCCGUGCCCUUCAAAUGUAAAGAGGAGGACCUGAGGAGAGUGGCUUCCUUCCGGUCCCGCGGCCGCAUACCCGUCCUGUCCUGGAUCCACCGGGAGAACCGGGCGGCCAUCGUGCGCUGCAGCCAGCCGCUGGUGGGCAUGUCCGGGAAACGGAACAAGGACGACGAGCGCUACCUGGACCUGAUCAGGGACGCCAACGACACGGCCAAGCUGACCAUUUACGACGCUCGCCCCAACGUCAACGCCGUGGCCAACAAGGCCACGGGAGGCGGCUACGAGGGAGACGAGUACCACAACGCCGAGCUGGUCUUCCUGGACAUCCAUAACAUCCACGUCAUGCGGGAGUCCCUGAAGAAGCUCAAAGACAUUGUUUACCCCAAUGUGGAGGAAUCCCACUGGCUGUCCAGUCUGGAGUCCACGCACUGGCUAGAACACAUCAAGCUUGUGUUGUCAGGGGCCAUCCAAGUGGCGGACAAAGUGUCCAGCGGCAACUCGGUGGUGGUCCACUGCAGCGACGGCUGGGACAGGACGGCCCAGCUGACGUCUCUGGCCAUGCUCAUGCUGGACAGCCACUACCGCACGCUCAAAGGACUGCAGGUGCUCAUCGAGAAGGAGUGGAUCAGCUUCGGACACAAGUUUGCCUCUAGAUUAGGCCACGGUGACAAGAAUCACGCCGAUCAAGACCGAUCGCCCAUCUUUGUCCAGUUCAUGGAUUGCGUCUGGCAGAUGAGCAAGCAGUUCCCCACCGCCUUCGAGUUCAACGAGCGGCUCCUGCUGACCGUCCUGGACCAUUUGUACAGCUGCCGCUUCGGGACCUUCCUCUACAACUGCGAGAGCGCCCGAGAGCAAAACGCCCUGCGACGGAAGACCGUGUCCCUGUGGUCUUUGGUCAACAGUAAGACGGAGGUUUAUCUGAACCCUUUCUACACGCCGGAGUCGGGCAGGGUCCUUUACCCGGUGGCCAGCAUGCGCCACCUGGAGCUCUGGGUCACUUACUACAUACGCUGGAACCCGCGCAUCCGUCAGCAGAGUCCCGUGGAGCAGCGUUACCUGGAGCUGUUGGCGCUCCGAGACGAGUACAUCAAGAAGCUGGAGGAGCUGCAGCUGUCCGACGCCCCGCGUCUGGCCGACGACGGCCGCGGCGCCGACCCGUCGUCCCCGCCCCCCGCGUCGUCCCCCGCGCGCCAGCAGCACUACGCGCAUCUGCACACGCCCUUCUGAGACGCGUCUGAACACUCACAAGACUUUUAGUCGUUUCGUGUCCGGCGGGUGAUUAUGCAAAGUGGCACCGUGCAGCCUUGGCGGCGCACGUGCACACGUGAGCCUUAACGACAUUUGCUGGCUUUUAAUUGAAGGGCUUGUCCACACAAGGGACGGGACGGGACGGGACGCUAACGUGUUGACUGAAGACACACAAUUUCAAGUUAGGAUGAGCACAAAGAGAAAGGCAAAAAUGGAGUCACCUGAUUUCGGACCCACUUGCCCCCCGGGUCCGUCGGCCACGCCGCCCGUACCACCGUGUCCCCGAUUGCGCGGCUACCGUCAAAGCGACGCUUGAUUCCGACUCGGCUCGAAGUUGGGGGUGUCCUUUGAUGCAAUAACUGCCAAAAGCAAAUCCGCUUCCCCAAUUUGUGAGCCGAUUGCGUGCCUUGAUUUACCCGCGCUUUGCUUUCCGCUCCGCUCCGCUAGACAGGGUACGGCUCUUGGGCCGCUUGUCGGGGCCCGUCCGCUGCGGCGUCCCGCAAGGCCGAAGCGCUUCAAAGUGUACUUGUCUCUUCUCUUCUCGUCAACUUGCUUUUUCUCGGAGAGAGUUGUCCUCCUCCCGGGAGGCGACGCUGCCAGCGUGCGUCCUGAAGAACCGCAAGCAAAACAGGCCGAGGUGCUGAAGAGUUUAGUUUUUUUUUUUUUUUUUUUUUUCCCGAGCAAAGCACUUGUGGAUGCAAAUCCAAUUUUCUUUGCUUCUUUGCUACUUUGCCACCAGCACCAAGAUCAGGAUGCGAUUACCUCAGUCCAAAGCUAUUUUCCGCUCUGAAGCCCUGUCCAGGUAUUUGUACAAUACGAUCAUUUGAUUGUCAAAUAUGACUUUAAACCCCCCCCACCCCACCCCCCAUCCCCCCACCGGGAAAUGUUCAUCUCCUCCUAUACUUGUCUUUGAUGUCGUUUGGUUCCUUUACUGCUUGCUCUAUUUUUCACCAAAAGGGAAGAAGAAUACAUGAGCUCCAUCUAUCCUCUCCAUCGCUGCUUGAUUCUGUAAAUAUUAUUGAUUAAAUUAAUUUAAGAUUGA